UGUGUGGCCAGUGUACUGGUGGUCGAGGCAGACAUCAAAGCUUAUACCCCUGUGGGACAGCUGUUUGUGUUCGAGCUGCAGAGAGAGACCUUCCAGAAUGAAUUUGAACCCUUCCUGAAACACUAUGGUAAGGCUGAGAUUACAGUAAGUCACCUCUUAGUAUACAGUAUAACUUCCCACUGGGCACACCGCGUCAUUUCAACAUGGGUAAUAUUUGGUAGAUACAUUAAUCAAUGAGAUUCCAUCCUAUUUUCACCCACUCAAAAAGACAGCCAAAAGUUUGUUGAAUUCCAAUUUGUUAUCAUGCUUUCAACCAUCUAAAAGCACAACCAAAUUCCAAUUAAAAAACAAUGUCUGAUUUUUGGUUUGGUUGUCAACUAAAUGUGUUAUCACUGUGCUUUCAACCAUUUAAAAGCACACUAAAGUUCAAAUGGGAAUACAAUGUCAGGUAUUUUGUUUAUUUAAUACAACAAGCUUAAUGUGUUAUCACUGAAUUGUGUUUGGUUGUCAACAUAUCUUCUAUGUAUCUUAUACUUCGACAGCUUCAUCUGUGCCACUGAGCCUGGUUUUAAUUCCAGUUUGUCUACAAAUUAAAGAAUAGGACUAAAUCAAAUCAAAUCAUACUUUAAAUACAGUUUCAGUUGAUUUAAUACUAUUAUUUAACUUUUAUUUUUGGUUAAGAUGGAGAUGUGAAUCCAACAUAUUUAUUAUUAACUUGUAGAUUCCAUUUGAAAUCAACCAAAGCUUAAAACCCUAGGCCUAUAUUUAUUGUCUAUUUUUAGUUGAAUCCUGGGCUGAAUUUAAAUAAUAGCUGUUGAUGACUUCCCAAAUGCUACAGUAUAUAGGCCUAAAUAGCAUCAUUGAUGAUAUAUGAUUGAUAAGGUAUGUCUUAAUUUAAUUUGCUCUGUUGAACCUACACAUUGGAAUGACUUCAAUAGCAACAGUGAAUCUAUUAAGCGGUGAUUUCUCAAAAAAUAUUCCCACGAUAGCACAUUGGUAAUAAUCAUUGAAAAAUAUCAAAGCUAAGUAGGGCUUGGUUAAAACCCUGUAUGUGAGACUGGAGGGAUAACUGUAGAUAGAUCAACUCUCCAGUAGGAGGUGCUGUCCAGCCUAUUGUAUUCUUAUAGCGGAUAUUAUGUUGAAGAUCUGACAUGGUUUCAAAAGUACAAAUUCAACAUAAUAAGGUUUGUCUAUUUAGAAAAUUGGUUACCAUGAUGACAUAAUCCUGUGGUUGAAAUUUGAACCUCAAAACAACAGUUGAUUACUUUUUUUAAAUCCAAUGUAUUUUCCACGUAGAUUGACACAUCACAAUUUAACCAGUCUGUGCCCAGUGGGUUGAAGCUUGUGAUUACUAAUAGCAAUAAUCUAACAGAAACAAUGGCAUAGAAACAAUGUAAAGCCUUCCCAAGGAAUAUAUUUAAAUGUUGGUUGUUGAUUGUAAUUUUUCAUAUUUGUACAUUUAAAGCUUCAAUACACGUAUUGUUAUGUCACCACUGACAUUCAUGCAACAGUCAGCGGGUAUCAUCAGGUAGGUGUCGCUAAGGCUCAAAUGAUAUACAACCAACAACCGUAAUGCGUCUCUCUUCUCUCCCACUCUCCCAUUCUGAAAAGCAGGGCGGGUCUACAAUGAUCCCAUGCUGUUUAAGUGCAACAUGCAGUCCUUCCCGGACCUGCCUGGCUGGCUUCGAUUUACCCAGAGGCACCACUAUGAUAACGGCUUCCUCUACGGCACCCCACUGGCCCAGGGAAAGAGUAUGAUAGAGGUACACAGUGCAGACUCAUCAACUAGUGGUGCUCUGAGAUACACACAGGUAGCGCCCCAAAUAGCACCCUAUUCCCUACAUAGUGCACUACGUUUGACCAGAGAUAGGCUGGGGAGUAGGGUGCCAUUUGGGACACAGACACACUGCCAUGAGGAUCUAGUUUAUAACUUAUCUCGGUUGAAAUAUGUAUGAUUCUGCAUAGAAAAAUGUUAAACAUAUUUGAAGCAUGAAUAUCAAGGAUAUUUCUGGGCACAGUAUGGAGCUUGUAAUGGUCUAAAGAUAAGAUAUUUAAUAUCUCUCCAUUUCUCUUUCCAUUUCAGAUCACAGUGACUAACAAACGGAGCUAUGACACGUUCAGAGACAGACUGAUCAUAACGAUUGACCCUCCAGGUAUGUAUUCUGUGAUGGGAGAUAAUAUAUUACACACAACACCAUACUAUCGAGUCUAAACACAGUGGCUGCAUCCAAAAUGGCACUACUUUUUUACCAAGGCUCGAAAUCAUUUACAUUUACGUCAUUUAGCAGACGCUCUUAUCCAGAGCGACUUACAGUUAGUGAGAGCAUAGAUUAUUUCUAUUUUUUCAUACUGGCCCCCCGUGGGAAUCGAACCCACAACCCUGGCGUUGCAAACGCCAUGCUCUACCAACUGAGCUACAUCCCUGAAAUGGCCCCCUAUUCCCUAUAUGGUGUAAAUUGUGAAGUGGUGUAAAUUGCUGUCCCACCCCAAAAAAAGUAUCCAAACAUAGGACAUUUAUUUACAUCAUGAUAUGUUCUAAUUUAAUCCAAGGCAAUAACAAACAUGUUGUUCAACUGUUGUUCAACUGAUAUAGUAUAAAUGAGUUCUUUAUACACCUAUUUAUAUUGAGAGGUGGCUGUCCCAAAACCGGACUCCUUUUUAUUUUAUUUAUCUUUACUUAACCUUUAUUUAACUAGGCAAGUCAGUUAAGGACAAAUUCUUAUUUACAAUGACGGCCUAUCAAAAGGCAAAAGGCCUCCUGCGGGGACGGGGCUGGGAUUAAAAAAAAUAUAUAUAUAUAUAUAGGGCAAAACACACAUCACAAGAAGAGAGACACCACAACACGACAUAAAGAGAGACCUAAGACAACAACAUAACAUGGCAGCAACACAUGACAACACAGCAUGGUUGCAACACAACAUGACAACAACAUGGUAGCAACACAACAUGGCAGCAGCACAACAUGGUAGCAGCACAAAACAUGGUACAAACAUUAUUGGGCACAGACAACAGCACAAAGGGCAAGGUAGAGACAACAAUACAUCACUCCUAAACUUCAUGUUUGAAAAUAAAGCAAUUCAUUGUUUAUUUUUUUACACUAUUAUUUCAAUAGAACAUAUUGAGUUGUUCUAUUAUUACAUUGAAAGAUACUGAUCUUAUUUGUUUUGUUUAUUUCAUUGGGCUCCUGUUAAUGACUGGAGCGGAUUCAAUGGAAUGGUAUCAAACACAUGGUGUCCAGGUUUUUGAUGCCAUUCCAUUUGCUUAGUUCUGCCCAUUAUUAUGAGCAGUUCUCCCCUCAGCAGCCUCCUGUGGUUUAGUUUUUUAAAUCUUUCUCUGAAAAAUGCUGUCCCCACUUUUGAUGUCACUACAGAAACACACACUUUAAAAGACUGUAGAAUGAAUAUGCCUUAAGCCACAACCCUACACAUAUCAGGUGAUGGGAUUGCACCCCUCUCCACUAUGAGAAUUUGUGAGCAAGUUGGUAAGUCUUAAUGUAUUUCUCAAGAAGUGUCACUACCGAACAUCUCGUAUAUCAAUAAAUAUGUAAGGUAUGGUUUUGGGACUAAAGUAUAUGUUUGAUGGGAUGUACAUCUGUCCAAAUGAAAGAUAGCCAGACAUACAAUAUGUUAGCGAUGGGGAUUCUUUGAAGUCCAAAAUCAGCCAAAAUUGUCAGAACUGAAACCAUUACAACCGAAACAAUUGACACCAUAGAGAUAUACAUUGAGGGAAAAAAGUAUUUGAUCCCCUGCUUAUUUUGUACGUUUGCCCACUGACAAAGACAUGAUCAGUCUAUAAUUUUAAUGGUAGGUUUAUUUGAACAGUGAGAGACAGAAUAACAACAAAAAAAUCCUGAAAAACGCAUGUCAAAAAUGUUAUGAAUUGAUUUGCAUUUUAAUGAGGGAAAUAAGUAUUUGACCCCUCUGCAAACAUGACUUAGUACUUGGUGGCAAAACCCUUGUUGGCAAUCACAGAGGUCAGACGUUUCUUGUAGUUGGCCACCAGGUUUGCACACAUCUCAGGAGGGAUUUUGUCCCACUCCUCUUUGCAGAUCUUCUCCAAGUCAUUAAGGUUUCGAGGCUGACGUUUGGCAACUCGAACCUUCAGCUCCCUCCACAUAUUUUCUAUGGGAUUAAGGUCUGGAGACUGGCUAGGCCACUCCAGGACCUUAAUGUGCUUCUUCUUGAGCCACUCCUUUGUUGCCUUGGCCGUGUGUUUGGGUCAAUGUCAUGCAGGAAUACCCAUCCACUACCCAUUUUCAAUGCCCUGGCUGAGGGAAGGAGGUUCUCACCCAAGAUUUGACGGUACAUGGCCCCGUCCAUCGUCCCUUUGAUGCGGUGUAGUUGUCCUGUCCCCUUAGCAGAAAAACACCCCCAAAGCAUAAUGUUUCCACCUCCAUGUUUGACAGUGGGGAUGGUGUUCUUGGGGUCAUAGGCAGCAUUCCUCCUCCUCCAAACACGGCGAGUUGAGUUGAUGCCAAAGAGCUCCAUUUUGGUCUCAUCUGACCACAACACUUUCACCCAGUUCUCCUCUGAAUCAUUCAGAUGUUCAUUGGCAAACUUCAGACGGGCCUGUAUAUGUGCUUUUUUGAGCAGGGGGACCUUGCGGGCGCUGCAGGAUUUCAGUCCUUCACGGCGUAGUGUGUUACCAAUUGUUUUCUUGGUGACUAUGGUCCCAGCUGCCUUGAGAUCAUUGACAAGAUCCUCCCAUGUAGUUCUGGGCUGAUUCCUCACCAUUCUCAUGAUCAUUGCAACUCCACGAGAUGAGAUCUUGCAUGGAGCCCCAGUCCGAGGGAGAUUGACAGUUCUUUUGUGUUUCUUCCAUUUGCGAAUAAUCGCACCAACUGUUGUCACCUUCUCACCAAGCUGCUUGGCGAUGGUCUUGUAGCCCAUUCCAGCCUUUUGUAGGUCUACAAUCUUGUCCCUGACAUCCUUGGAGAGCUCUUUGGUCUUGGCCAUGGUGGAGAGUUUGGAAUCUGAUUGAUUGCUUCUGUGGACAGGUGUCUUUUAUACAGGUAACAAGCUGAGAUUAGGAGCACUCCCUAUAAGAGUGUGCUCCUAAUCUCAGCUCGCUACCUGUAUAAAAGACACCUGGGAGCCAGAAAUCUUUCUGAUUGAGAGGGGGUCAAAUACUUAUUUCUCUCAUUAAAAUGCAAAUCAAUUUAUAACAUUUUUUAAGGUGUUUUUUAUAUAUAUAUUUUUUUGUUAUUCUGUCUCUCACUGUUCAAAUAAACCUACCAUUAAAAUUAUAGACUGAUCAUUUCUUUGUCAGUGGGCAAACAUACAAAAUCAGCAGGGGAUCAAAUACUUUUUUCCCUCACUGUAUAGAGGUCUCAUCUUUGUAUCUGUGCCAUUAUGGAGUCUGUGACAGCACGGGCAGCGCCAUCGAGGCUAUCUCCAUUUUAAAGUUGCAUGCACUAUACUCUACCAACAGAGCUACAGAGGACCACCAUGUGGACAAGUGUACACUUCAGGAAAAAGUGAAGAGUAUUGAGAUGCAUAGCCAGCAGGGGGCUUCAACCCUCCAAGAGCCCAAACAUUUACAUCUAUUUGGCCAAAACACAGACGUCUAUAAUGUGCUAUACUGUACUGUACUCUACUGUACUGUACUGUACUCUACUCUACUCUACUGGGCUCUACUGGGUUCUACUGUACUCUACUGUACUGUGCUCUACUGUACUGUGCUGUACUGUACGCUACUGGGCUCUACUGUACUCUACUGUACUGUGCUCUACUAUACUGUACUGUACUCUAUUGUACUGUACUGUAAUCUGCUGUACUGUAACCUACUCUACUGUACCCUACUAUACUAUGCUCUACUGUACUGUGCUGUACUGUACUGUACUCGAGUUUACUCUACUUGAGUUUCUUACAAUUGAAGAAAGGGCCCAUGGACUCUUGAUCUAUUCGUUCUUUAACUUGUCAUGGUCUCAACUCACUGGGUCUGGGUCUGGAUCUUGGGACCAAUGUCUUGGUAUAAAUAUUGGUCUUGGCUCCUGGAUAUUACCUUAGUCUUUGGUUUACAAACCAUAGGCAACCCAAUUUGAAGAAGACAAUGCGCUCUGAUCAUUGGCUGAUCACUCCCAACCCAUAUGAUUUUCCACCCAGUUGACUACUUUUAAAUGGUGGAAGCCCUCAAUGGCAAUGCCUAUACCAAAACGAGUUAGUUCCAGCUAGAGCCGUCUAUUUAUCUCUAUGAUUGACAUUUGACACCAAAACGCCUGUUAUUUUGCCAAAAUAAAGAUAGGUAAAUUUAAACAUUUUAAAACAUAAUUAAUUAGAUACAUAAGUAAUUCAAUCAAUUAACAAGUUUCAGAUUCAUACAAUCAAAAAUGAACAUUUUACAGAGAACAAUAGAAAUGAUAUUUCUCUAAAUUCAAUUUAAAAAUCAUGUUUUUACUAUUUUGUUAAUCUAUAAUAGAAGGUUAAUAAAAAAGUAUCACUACUGUGCAUGGAUCUCCCUUUAUUGCAACUUUUACACUAUGUUUCAACAGUGACAAAUUUAGUGGGGUGGUAAGGAAUUCAGGUAAAUAUUUCAAAUAUUCAAUACAAACAGUGUGUGAGUAGUAGAUAUGUAUAUCUGACAUAUGUUGGAAGACAUGUGUGCUAAAAUAGGAUACAAAUGUGAUUUUUUUUUCAACCCCCGAUUUACACCACUUCUGUAGAACGACCCAUAUAGUGCACACUACCUUUGAUCAGAGCCCUAUGAGGCCUGGUCAAAAGUAGUGCACUAUAUAGUGAAUUGGGUGCCAUUUCAGAUACACACAGUGACCGUAGUGAAUACUGGUUUAUUUGUUUCUCCCAUUGGCUUUUCUUUCAGUGAAGAGAAUGCCCUACCAGGCUGAGUUCUUCAUCCCACUGAGGGAGAUUGAGAAGGUGCUGCCCUCUACAGUUCAGGAAGAGAUCAGGCAGGAUAUGAUGAGGAUGUGGAAGACAGACAGGCUGGACUUUGUCAACAUCACGUCUGCGUUGGACCGAGGUGGCCGUGUCCCUCUGCCUCUGGCUGGACACUACGAAGGGUAAAGAAGUGUCACAUCUCAUCUGUCGCUAAUUGUCACUUCUACUAACAUUCAACAGAGAGCAUCCCAGACCAGAAGGAGAAGUACACCAUGAAUUCACACUAUUCAUUCCCCAAGUAGGCCUUGUAGCGUACAUGUAUCUGAACAAAAAUAGUCAAAUCAUGCAACAUAAGAUUUCAUUUAAAUGAUCAGAAAACAACCAGCAUUUUUAAUAUCACAUUUAUUUUCAGGAAGAAAGAGGUCAAACUCAAACUGAAAUUUAAAUCAAGGGAAUAUUUUAUUGAAGUUUUUAGUACAUGAUACAUUACAGAAUAUUCAGUAGGUACAGUACAGUCAUUGUUAACUAAGCCAGUGUCAUGUAUUGGGUCCCAGGGUGUAUGUGAAGGUUGGUUCAGACCAGUACUUCUCUGAGUGCUUGUUGAGGCUCCAGACUGCUGAACACAGGAGACAGUGUGAGGCCGGGGGCAGGGCCAAGAUCCCUGGGGACUGCAAGGUCUGCUCCUACCCAGGCAACUGUGUCACCUGGUGCAAGUCCACACUGGUGAGUCCACAAGCACUGGUAUAUCCAAAACAUCUGUUUUCUUGUCAUUAGAUUACUUUGGGGGAAACAUAACAUUACCAACAUUGUCAUUUAUCUGAAUGAACAAUGAAAUGAAUCAGCUGCAGGUAUUAUGUCAAAUUCUUGUAAAGAGAGUGAGUUAAUAAAAUGUGAUUGUCUACACACAUCCAAAGCCAUUGCCAACAUGUUUUUUGCAAUUCAUUCUCAAGGUGUAGAUUGGUGGGAACAAACAUUUUAAUCAUUUAAAUAACAUUAAAUAGUAUAUCAACAUGGUCACCACCCUAUAUUCCCUCCCUCCUAAAUAUGAAUCCUACUCUACCGUCCCUGUGUCUACUGUACAUAGAUUGAUCUGUCCGGACCGGUGGUCCUCCCUCCUGCCCCCACCAUGGGCCCAGGUAUCCUGGAUGCUGGGGGGGUCUAUGACCCUCCUGAGUCCCCCCCUCCCAGAGACUUCCUGCCAGACUACAUUGUGACUGUGAUCGUCCCCCUGGCUCUGGCCAUCAUCCUGUGUCUCCUACUGGCCUACAUCAUGUGCUGCAGACGAGAGGGAGUGUAUGCUUUUUUUUGUACUCCACUGAGAUUGGCAUUAGUCCGCUAAUGUUGUUAAGUAAUAACAACCAGCUAUAACUUAUUACUGAAAACCUUAUUGAAUACGUUCAAAUGCAGCAACCUUCAAUUAUGAAAUAUCUUUGAAUUUAGCAACUUUGUAAUACUAUUCAUUGUUAUGUAACAUGUUUUGUUUUUUAUUUGCAGUGAGAGAAGAGAUGCAAAGACACCAGAGUGCGUACCUUUCCAUACCACAUAUCUAAACCCAAUAUUCUUUUAUACUAUGAUACUUGCCAAGGAUAAGCUUAGUAUUACCCCCACACUGGACUAAUGUAUAUAAACCUUCCUCCCCUCUGUCUGUUCCUUUAGUAUCCAGCUCUACCACCACCACACCAUCCAUGGUAACACCAGUGAGCUGCGGAGCAUGGCUGGGGGUCGUGGGGUCCCCCCUCCCCUCUCCACCCUGUCCAUGUUCAACGUUCGCACCGGGGAGACGGCCCCACCAUUCCAGACUGACAGCACCAGCAUCCCCCUCAUCCUGGCCCAGCAGUGAGUAGUCUACUGUUACUACUAUUAGUAGAGUGUUCACUGCAGUAGCUCAACCCUAGCCUGGUGGUCUAGUUUGUUUGUGCUUUAGCUAGAUAUUGGCUACAGCUGAGAGAGAGAGAGAGAGAGAGAGAGAGACGGCAGAGAUGCAGAGAGGAGAGCGAGAGAGAGAGAUUCGAGAGAGAUCAGAGCGCAGAGAUAGCGAGACAGAUCGAGAGAGAUAGAGCGAGGAAGAGCGCGAGAGAGAUCCGAGUAGCUCGGAGAUAUAGCUCGCUUAGCGCCUAUCGCUUCUCUCGCAUCAGAGAGGAGCGAGAGAGCAAAUUUGGUGUAAACUAUACCACCACCUAGUGGAGCAACUUCAAAGUGAACCACUAAAUUCCAAAUCAGACAUAAAGGUGCUUAAUAUUGGGGUUGAUGGUUAAUAUUGCCAUACAAUUUAGUUUUUAUUUUAUUCAACACAUGUAUGUUAUAAACACAUUAUUACUUUAGUUAAACUAGUAAUAAACGGUUUAGGACACCAAAAAAAAAAAAAAAAUCAUUGCUAUUAAAUUGAACCAUAACGUUCAAUUCUUCAUUUGUUUUUUCAGGGAAAUCAACACUGACACACUACCCAGGUAACACAGUGGAAUAAAUGUGUCUGAAUAAAUGAGUAAAACUGUACAGCAAGAAGAAAAUAACGAUUAUGAAAUACAUACAUGGAUUAUUUUUUACAAUAUUGUUUUUGUUCCAACAGGAAAUGAAGCCAUCCAAACAAGACAUACUGUACUUCCACUGAAUGUAUUAUGGGUUUGCUGCUGGUUUUCUGUGGGAUUUGAGUUGUUUUCUUUUCACAUGAUAAUUUCUUUAUCCUCUUUCUUUAUCACAUUAUCCUUUGAAAAACCACAUGAUUUUCACGUGAACACUUGAAGUGUUCCAAAAACACAUGUUUUCAUGUGAUCUUAUGUGAAGUUAAUGUGAUAACAUAUGACAACAUGUAAAGCAACAUGUGAUAACAUGAAAUUAAACGUGAUCACAGUGUUCCAUAAACACAGUUUUCAUAUGAUUUCACAUGUGAAAUUUAUUGUGAAAUCAUGUGAUUUUCCACAUGUGAAAUCAUGUGGUUUUUCUGUAAGAGUGAGUGUUGAGUGACUGUUACCUCUGAAUUUGUGUUAAACAUAUUUUAUGCAUUACUAAAUUUGAGUAAUUCUGCCAUAGAUUUGGAUUAAUGUAUUUUUUGAAAAACCAAAUCCUUGGUAGAUAUAUAGCCUACAUGUCGAGGUAGAAUUCAUAUAUUGAAUGUUUUUCCUUAAUAAAACCCCUAACCAACUGCAUUAUUGUUUUAAUGGUCAGCGCCAUCACCAAAUAGCCUGUGCAAUAAUUAUGUAAUUACCAUUUAACAACAUUGGUCCAUUGAUUGCUUAAUCAGAGGAGUGCUGCCAAGACAUGCCCAGUACUUACCAUAAUACUAUCAAAGAGAAGCAAAUUAGGAACACAAUAUAAACAGCAAAGUGAACCACACAGAGGACCAUCGACUAUUCCAU